UUUCCGAAGGGCAGAGAGCGACGUAUAAAUACUCGGAUUCCACGUGCAGCGAACACAGUUUCUUCUCCAAGGGGAAAGAAUUCAGCAGUCAUGACGCCUCAGCGGCCAGUGAUGAUUAUGGCGGCCAUGAUGGCCCUUAUGUCGAUGGCAGCGGCUGGAGGUGGAGGCGGAUAUGGAGGCGGCGGAGGAGGUGGAUUUGGCGGAGGACACGGAGGUGGUGGAUUCGUGGUGGUGGAUUUGGCGGAGGAAACGGAGGUGGUGGAUUUGGCGGAGGCCAUGGAGGCGGCGGGUUCGGAGGCAGCAGCUCCGGAGGCUACGGCGGAAGCAGCGGAGGCGGAAGUGUGGUCGCAGGAGUCCUGCUUGGCAGCGGGUCCCUUGCGAGCGGCGGCGGCGGAGGCGGGUACGGAGGCGCAAGCGGAGGCGGCUUCGGAGGAGGAAGUGGGGGCGGUUUCGGAGGCAGCUUCGGAGGCGGACACGGAGGCAGCUUCGGAGGCGGACACGGAGGCGGUUUCGAGGGUGGCUUUGGGGGCGUCGGAGGUGGCCACGGAGGCAGCUUCGGAGGGGGAAACGGAGGCGGUUUUGGUGGCGGAAGCGGAGGCUACGGAAAAUAGAAAUUUAUAUAUAUUAAAUGGUAAAUUUUUAUAUCACAAUGUUUAAAA